CCACACCACACAACACAACACAAACACCCUUCGUUCCAUUCCACUCGCUAGCCACAAACCAGUUCCAUUUCAUCCAUUCCAACUUUCCAACCCAAUCAACCACAACACACUGUGUGUUUGUAAAAAUGGCCAUCACAGGCAACCUUAACUUCAACCUCAACCUAGUACUUCCUGUGGCACGCCAUAUGGCGUGCCCUCCACGCGUCCCGUCGUUUCUCUUCACUCGCGGUCGAGGCGCGUGGUCCCCCUCGCUUCUGGUCACGCGCGCCAUCGACGCUAACGAGUUUCUGGGGGAUUUCGGGGCGCGGGACCCUUUCCCCGCCGAGCUUGAAAGCUCGUUCGGGGACAAAGUGCUGGGAUACGGCAACACUGAGCACAAGAUUCUUAUUCCCACCAUUACUGCUCUCGGUCUCUCGCAGCAGGAGUGUGCUCCCGUUUCUUCUGCGCAGCCCCCCAUCUCGCUGGAUGACGCCCAGACUCUCAUUAGAAAGGUUGUGGGUUGGAGACUUGUGAAUGAGGAAAAUGGACUUAAAAUUCAAUGCUUGUGGAAAUUGAGAGAUUUUAAAUGUGGGGUUGAACUCAUUAACAGGAUCUCUAAGGUUGUAGAGGCUGAGGGCCAUUUCCCAAAUAUCUACUUGGAGCAACCAAAUCAAGUGAGAGCAGAACUAUGGACAGCUUCCAUUGGAGGUUUAAGUAUGAAUGAUUUUAUUGUUGCUGCAAAGAUAGAUCAGAUAAAGACAUCAGAUCUUGUCCCAAGGAAAAGGGUUUGGGCGUAAUGCCUUAAUGAACUUCAUAAAACAUUUUGCCGCUUGAUUUUCUUCAAUAUUGAAUUACCACUAAUUUGUGUUAUUUGAUUAAAUCUAUUAUUCUUUACUUUCAUUUUUUAGUGUUCA